AUGGCAUUUCGUAGACCACGACCCCCUAAUCAAACAACUCAUAGAUCAGCUACGGAUAAAGAACUCGAGCUAGAACAAAUUAACCAAGAACUCCAGGAGAUAUUACAAUCAGAGGUAGCCAUCAACAAAUCGAAUGAGAAAUAUAUAAAGGAUCUGGAACGUAAAUAUAUCCAGUAUGAGAAAGAAAUCCAAUCUCUCAAUAAAGAAUUGGAACGGCUUGAGAAUGCUUCAGAGGAAGAAAAGGCGGAGUUGAGAUUGGAGAUAUCAUCCCUUAAAAAAAGCUUAUAUCAAGCUAAAAAGGAAAUCCGAGGUAAGAUAUCUUAUAUCGAUAAUAUAGAGAAGCAAUUACAAGAAUCGGAAGAGCGGGUUCAAAAUUUAAGGCAUAGAUUCAAAGUUAUUUCUUCUCGAAGAAGCUCUCCAAGUUUAUAUAAUUCAAAAGAGGAAGACAUAGAUAUGGCGAAUCUUGAUCUUUUUAUACAAAUUGACCGAGGCUUGAAUCGUAUUGAAAACCAUCUUAAAGGUGCUGGAACGCCGUUAAAUAAUCCUAUAAAUAUUAUAAAUGGUAUUAGAGGUUCCUUAAAUGCUGUCCGUCUUAAUUAUCAAUCUGCAUACCAGGAUAUAGAUGGUGUUAUAGCUCAACGGGAUGAUAGCAAUAAUCAGAUAGUCCAGCUACAGCAGGAUGUCAAUUACUAUAGACAACGGAAUAUCGUUUUGCAAAAUCAAGUUAAUCAGCUUACCCAAAAUAAUUUUCAGGACCAAGUCAAUCAGAUUACCCAAGAACGAGAUAACUUACAGAACCAAGUUAAUCAAAUUAUCCAAGAGCGACAUAAUUUACGAAAUCAAGUUAACCGACUUACUCAUGAGCAUGACAAUUAUCAGAAUGAUCUUACUUUGAUGACUACAGCUUAUAAUAACGAACAGGGAGAACGUCGUCGCUGGUGGUUUUCAUAUCGUGAUAAAAAUAGACGUGUUGGUGAAUUAAUUCGAGAAAAGUUCGCUAUUCAAUUAUUAUUACAGCGAUGCCAUACCAAUAAUAGGGAUUUACAACGAAGGUAUGAUAUGCGAGGGCGUUUGUGGUAUAAUAUUACCUUGGCAUUAGAAGAACAAUCUAAACUUAGGCAUGUUUUUGAAGUUCUGUAUAGAUUAAAAAACUAUCGAUUAGAACAAGAAUUGCGAAGAUGUCAGGCCGAUAAAGGAUUAUUAGAAUAUAAUCGAGAUCGGCUCUUUGAUAAAUAUUACAAUAAAUUCAAAGAUCGGAAGGCAAGUCAUAUCAAGUGGAAAAAUAGAGAGCGUAAUUCACAGCAAUUAAUUUUAAAUUUACAAGCCCAAAUUUUAUUACUACAGAAUAAUCCACUAAAUAUGGCAGAAGCUAGACGUUUACCAGUAUUAAAAUUAAUACAACCGGCUCUUGCAAGUUUCUCACCUUAUAUUGGUCAAGAACCUCCUGAUGAUUAUUUUGAUAAGGUUAUGCAAUCAUGGGCAUUUGCUGAGGGGCAUAUGACAGUUCUUGAAAAUGCAAAUGCAGGAGAUUUCGAUGAUGCGCCAGAAACCAGCUCACACCAAUUACAAACUAAAUCUAUAAUACCGGUACAAUCUCAACAGAAACGAUCUAAUUCCGAUGAUUAUCCUAGAGUACCAGAUAAAUAUAUGCCAGAAAGACCUCCAGAUGGGUAUGGCGUAAAUUCUGAAAGAUUUAUUCAUGCCGAUAUCAUAAAUCCAAUUCCUUCAACCAGUCAAAUUAUGGAAUCUCUAGCUAAUGAUCUUUAUAAAAAAUUGUCUGAUAUGUUUUCAGCGAAACCAGUGCAAUCGAAGAAUAAAGAUACCAGUACCGAUGAUAUAAAUGAAAUUACUAAAGGUAUGUCAAAAUUAUCAUUAAAUUUAGCAAAAAUGGCAAAAGAGGUUAAUGCCGUUAAGAAAUCAUCUCAACAUCAUUGUUCAAAUUGUAAUAGAACUGGACAUAAUUCUCGCAAGUGUACUCGUAAGAAAAGGUCCAAGAGUAGAUCCAAAAAGAGAGGCAGUGUUAAUAAGGUUGCUGUAGAUUCAGGUUCAGAUACAAACUCUUCCGAUAACGAUUCUUCAGAUAAUAACUCCGAUUCUGGAGAUUCCUCGUCUGAAGUUGAAUCCGAUCAUAGUUUUGAUUCUAGUUCAAAGAAGAGACAGAGUCUCGAAUCUCCGAUUCAACGUUCUUCACAAAAAAUACAAAAAAAAUCAGGUACGAUUAUCGACUCACAAAUUCGAAAAAUUAUUCUAGCUAUGUUUAACGAUCCAGAGGUUAUAGAAACAAUUAAAAACAAUAUUAAUAAUACGAAUUUAUCUAUGACUCGAAGAGUCGCCCCUAAAAGGUCUGCAAAACCUGACUUUAUAAAUUAUCGAGAACCAAUAUCAGAGAUACCAGAAUCAGAUGGUGAAGAGGAGACGCUGGACGAUCCUAUGGAGAUAGAUUUUGUUCGUAGGAAAGAACCUGACACAAGUAUUGCAACUAUACCGUGUAAAAUCAAACGCUUAAAAAUUCCAGCAUUGGUGCUCGAUAGUGGGGCUGAACCUCCAAUUACAUCAGAAGAUAUUGUUAAACGU